AUGUCAGCUUCUUCGAUCAACCGCUCUCUGGCUACAAUCAGAACAGAAUUAGAGUUUUUGCAAGAAUCCGGCGCCAUCACUCCAAAUGUGUACAAUGAAAUUUUGAAGUCUCUGCCCGACCGCUACAAUCCCGAGCCUCGGCAGGAGAACCAAUCCCAGAACGAGCUGGUUGAAGCGAUCUAUGCUUUUCAGGCCCAGCAAGAUGGAGACUUGAACCUACGAGUUGGCGAUAAGGUUGAGGUACUAGAAAAGCCAUCUCCAGAGUGGUUCAAGGGCCGCAGCAACGGCAACGUGGGAAUGUUUCCGUCGAACUACGUCAAACCGGCGUUUUCUGGGUCCACCACUUCGUUCGAAUCCAACCGCAGCAAUCUGCCUCCCCCUCCUCAAUAUCAAUCCCAGCAACACAUGCAGCCACAGCAAACUAAUACCAGCUCACAGUCAGGCUAUUCUCAAGCCCCAUUCCCUCCUCCAUCCACAAACUACUACCAGGGACCUCCAGCACAGCAAUACCAGCAGGUUCCUCAGCAAGGUUAUUACCAGGCAGCCCCACCACAGCAGCAGCAACAGCAGCAACCACAACAACAACAACAACAACAACAACAACAACAACAUCACCAUGGCAGUGCAGCAUUCAAAAAGUUUGGUGGUAAAUUAGGCAAUGCUGCGAUUUUUGGUGCCGGUGCCACUAUGGGUUCCGAUCUUGUGAACAGCAUUUUUUGA